AACAGGAAGUAGAAACACAUGCAUAUUUGUUGACAGUGGUGAAUAUCUGUUGACCUAAACCUUGGUCGAACAGCGCUGGUCUCUAAUAAAAACAGCCACAUGUAAUGCAGUUGAAUUGCAAAUAAUGUUAUAAUAAAAUUAAUGUAAAUGGACGUGAAUAGAAGAGGAAGAGGAAGACACAUGGGACGUGGAGGAAAACAGGGCGGAGAGGACAGAGAUGUCCAUCUAUCCAAAUCCAUGUCCUAUGCACUUCGCCAUGGAGCAGGCCAGAUGGGUCUUAACAUGGGUGAAGAUGGAUUUGUAUCUGUAGAUGAACUCUUGGCUCAUCCACAGUUUCGUUCCUACUCAUUAGAGGAUAUUAAGAGAGUUGUGGCCACAAACGACAAGCAGCGCUUUAAACUUUAUCCUAACCCAGAAAAUGGACUUCUGCAGAUCCGGGCCAAUCAGGGACACUCAGUGCUGGUGAAGAAUUUGGAGCUGAAACCAGUCCUGAUUGGUUCUCCAGACUGUCCCACUGAGGCUGUUCAUGGCUCUUAUCUCAGUAAAUGGAGUUCCAUCCAGGUUCAGGGCUUGAGUCGUAUGAAGAGGACACACAUCCACCUGGCGUCAGGUCUUCCAGGCGAAGAUGGUGUUAUCAGCGGCAUGAGAAGAGACUGUGAUCUUGCUGUGUUUAUUGAUGUCCAAAAGGCUAUCGCUGAUGGCAUCAACUUCUUCUGGUCAGAGAACGGCGUGUUGCUGACGGAGGGUGAUGCUGAAGGAAAACUUUUACCGAAAUACUUCUGCCGAGCCUUAAGGCUGAGACCUACAAGGAGUGUUCUUCCACUGCAGUAGCUCACCUGACUGUGACGGUCUGGACCACAUCACCCACACCCAGGUCAAUGCGGAUCAGGCGGUUGGGGGCAAUGCCCAGAACUUCAUCUUUUCGGCUACCUUUAAACCUGUUGGAAGGAAUUAUAAUUUGAACUUUACCUGACAACAACAUAUGAGAGACCAAAGUCAGGAAGCGCCUGCCACAUCUGCACGAAGCGAAGCAUGGCGUCAGUCAGCGAGAGCUCAGCCACAUUCCGACAAGCAUCCAGGAUAAGAGGGGUCAGCUGGAGGAACAGAGCUCCAAACAGCAUCAUCUCCUCCUCUGUGCAGUCGAUGUCCUCCAGCAGGAUGGCCCAGCGAGCCUGUUCAUAAAGCUGGGUCAAACGCACAACAUCAUACUACAGGGUGGGAACAGAGACGAUAGAGAAGGUGGCGGUCAGACAGGCCGGAGGAGGGAGAGCUCCUCAGGGCGACGGAUGUCUGGAUACACAACAGAAUAUUCACAUGAAAGCACAUACAAAACUAAAUUUACUCAGAAUAGUGACACGAUGAUAGCUGACUCCAGAUCAGAAGGUUGUGAGGUUGAAAACACCUCCGUUUUUUUCUUUUGCUGCUGUAAACCCUUAGUCUACCUCUGUUUGUUUUUGUUAAUAUAAAGCAACAUUUGUACGACCCCAGCCUCUGAUAAGCAGCAAUUCUCUGUUGAAGAUGAAUGACGUAGUGUGUGUGCCAUUGCCCACAUUGCAAAACAUCUGUGUCCCAGAUCUGGCUGUUUUCUGGAUUAUACUGUAAAUACUGUAUGUAUUAUGAAAUAGUGACACUAGGACCAACUACUCUGGGCUACAACAUGACCACAUCAUUGCAACAUAAACUUAAACUUAAACUUAUCUUUAUUUGUCAUUGUGACACAGCACACCAUGCACAACGAAAUUUAACCUCUGCAUUUAACCCAUCACCAAGUGAACAGUUGGCAGCCAUGGUCGGCGCCCGGGGAGCAGUGCUUGAGGACGAUGCCAUUCUCAGUGCAUCUCAGUGGCAACCUGGCAGUUGGUGGAUCUGUGACAUCUGAACAUCUGUGGUACAAGUUUCCAAAUAAUAACAGAGCUGUGCUGUAUGCACUGGUCUCAGACUCAGAGACUGCCAUGAGUUGGAAGCAUCUCCAUUAGAAACAACGCUGCUUUAGAUCUAAUGUUUUGCUCACUAAUUUAAUAUUUACAGCAUAUUCUCUUUCACAGGGGGCGCUGGAGCCAAUCCCAGCUGGCUAUGGGUGGAGGCGGGGCACACAGUGGAUAAUAACUCCUAAACAGUUCUAUACAAAUGGAGAGCAGAUCAUCUGAUGUUCUAUCGACGGAUACAGUUUUCAUGUUAUUCUUGUCUAAUACCCAAAAGGAUAACAAACCACAUGUGUUACGUUGAUGGAUUUACAUUCCAUUUAAAUCCUUUGAUUUGGAUUUAUUUAAAUGGUGUUACAUAUAACCACUUAACAAGAAGAAACCCUGGAGGAUUCACUGAUAUCCGUCUCUUUCUUCUAAUUACUGUUUAAUCUCAGUAAGUACUCUGCAUGUGUCAGGGAGUCACAUCUCCAGAGGCUCUGAAAGGCAGCCACAGCCGCUAAUGAGCUCUCUGUUUAACUAAAACCCCUUGGUUACACAGAGCAUAAAACCACUCAGAAUAACAGGCUAAUUUAAUUGCUCACUUAAUAAAGGAAACAAUAUAUAUGUUUA